GGCUGGGAGGGGCCCGCGCACGCGGCGUAGGCAGUGGCGGCGGGAGCGUGAGGGGAGAGCGGCUGAUCGAGGGUUCCAGCCCCCCCUAAUCCUGCCUGUCCCCACAGAGGGUCCUGGCUAUGGCGGUGCAGGACCCCCGCCCCAACCACACUAUCUACAUCAACAACCUCAACGAGAAGAUCAAGAAGGAUGAGCUGAAGAAGUCUCUCUACGCCAUCUUCUCCCAGUUUGGGCAGAUUUUGGACAUUUUGGUGUCACGCAGUCUCCGCAUGCGGGGCCAGGCCUUUGUCAUCUUCAAGGAGAUGAGCAGUGCCACCAAUGCCCUGCGCUCCAUGCAGGGCUUCCCCUUCUAUGACAAACCCAUGAGGAUUCAGUAUGCCAAGACGGACUCGGACAUCAUUGCCAAGAUGAAGGGAACAUUCGUGGAGCGGGAACGGGACCGGGAGCGGGACCGGGAACGGAAACGGGACAAGCGCAAGGCCAAGGGCGGGGACGCGCCCGGCCCCAAAAAGGGCACUGGGGCACAGGGGGCACAGGGCACAGUGCCUGGGAUGCCGCCACUGGCACAGCCGCCCCGGAUGCUGCCACACCUGGGGGGGCAGCCACCCUACAUCCCCCCACCGGGCAUGAUCCCACCCCCGGGAAUGGCCCCAAACACCGGGAUCCCCCCAGGAAUGGCCCCAAAUCCUGGAAUGGCCCCCAUGCCCACCCCACAGCCUCUGUCGGAGAACCCCCCGAACCACAUCCUAUUCCUGACCAACCUCCCCGAGGAGACCAACGAGCUGAUGCUGUCCAUGCUCUUCAACCAGUUCCCAGGGUUCAAGGAGGUGCGCCUGGUGCCUGGGCGCCACGACAUCGCCUUCGUGGAAUUCGACACCGAGGUGCAGGCGGGUGCUGCCCGUGAGGCCCUGCAGGGCUUCAAGAUCACCCAGAGCAACGCCAUGAAAAUCUCCUUCGCCAAAAAGUGACGCCAAAAUCCGCCCAAACACCCCUAAACCCAAAAAAAAAGGGCUUGGAAUACCCCAACAUCCCAGAGUAACGCCCCAAAAUCCCAAAGAAAUGGCUCAGACAUCCCCCAAAUACCCCCAAACUGCCCCAAAACACCCCAAAAUCCCAGAGAAACUGCUCAAAACCACCCAAAACACCCCAUAUCCCUUCAAGCUGCCCCAAAAUCAAGUAGAAACACCACCAAAUCCCUCCAAACCACCCUAAAAUCCCUCCAAACCUCCCCAAAAUCCCUCAAAGCUGCCCCCAAAUAUUCCAGAAUAGCUCAAAACCAGCCCAAAACACCAAAAAUCCCAGAAAUCCCAAAUCCCAUAGAAACACCCCAGAAUCCUCAAAAAGUGCCCCAAAAGUGGUCCUGACCCUGCCCCAAACCUCCCAUCUGCCCCGACUCCCCCAGGUAAGUUCAGCUCGGCCCAAAUCCUCCAUUUUUUAUCCCAAAUCCUCCUUUUUUAUCUGAAAUCCUUUUUUUAUCCCAGAUCCUCCUUUUUCAAACCCCAAAAUCCUUCUUUGUGCACCCUAAAUGUCUUUUUAGACCCCAAAUUCUCCUUUUCACACCCCAAAUCUUUUGUGCAUCCCAAAUCCCUUUUCCCACCCCAAAAUCUCCUUUUUCAACCCCAAAUCCCCUUUUCCCACCAAAAUCCUGAUCUCAAAUCCUCAAUCCCCACCCUAAAUCCCCUUUUCAUCUCCCAAAUCUCCUUUUCCAUUCCAAAAUUUCAUUUUUCCAUCCCAAAUCCUUCUCCUUUCACCCCAAAAAUCUCAUUUUUCCACCCCAAAUCCCCUUUCUAGUGUUCCCCGUGUGUUUUUAGGUUCCCCAGGGGUUUGGGGGGCUUUUUCCACCCCCAGCAUUGUACCCAGGGUCUCUGCAGACAUUGCACCUGGAGCUGCCCCCACCCCAAAUAAAUUACAAAUCAACCUCAAACCCCUUUUUUGGGGUUCCCCAUGAGUUUUUGGGUUUUUUCCUAGCAUUGUACCCAGGGUCUCUGCAGACAUUGCACCUGGAGCUGCCCCCACCCCAAAUAAACCCAAAAUGAACCCUGC